AUGGAUAGCGACGACGAAGCCCCUGCACUCAUUCUUCACGAAGACAUCUCGAAUGAUAAAGAGUCAAAACCUAAGCAGGCAAUAAAGGUUCCACUCACGAUCAUCACUGGCUUUCUAGGCUCUGGCAAAUCGACAUUUCUCAAAUAUGUGCUCACCGAGAAGCAUGGAUAUCGUAUCGCAAUCAUCAUGAAUGAAUUCGGAGAUACUGCCGACAUUGAAGGCCGCGCAAUAUCAGUUUCUUCUCCCGACGAACCCGCAUCCCUCGCAACAGAGUUUCUAGAGUUGGCUAAUGGCUGCCUUUGUUGUUCUGUCAAAGACUCGGGUGCAGCAGCAAUCGAGAACUUGAUGCGCAAGCAGGGUGCGUUUGAUUACAUUAUGCUCGAAACAACCGGUCUCGCGGAUCCUGGUCCGAUUGCAGCGAUGUUUUGGCAAAAUGAAGAUUUCAGUGAGGAUAUUGCGUUGGAUGGGGUUGUAUGCGUUGUAGAUGGUGUGUUUGGACUCAAGGAACUGACAUCCGAAAAUAGAUUAGCUAGCCGAAGGCAAAUAGCUUUAGCAGACGUUCUCCUAGUCAAUAAGAUGGAUCUUGCUUCAUCCAACGGGGGAGACAUACAAGAACUGGAGCAACAAAUACGCGCACUGAAUCCUACAGCCCCCUUGAUACAAACGACGCAUGGAAGGGUGGAUUUGUCCAAGGUUCUCAACACUGGUGCAUAUAAUUCGUUCAAAGCAGGGAACGACCAAAAACUCGAUGUCCAUGCGCACGCUGACGACCAUACACAUGAUGGAGACGAUUGCCAUCAGCAUGAUAUUGAAAGCAUCUCCUCGGUCCAAGUCGCAAUACCGGCACUUUCGGAAACGCAACUAGCCAAGUUAGACGAAUGGAUCCGCUUGGUGCUUUGGGAAAAGCUGAUACCCGAUGUGGAAGUCUUGCGUUGCAAAGGUAUAUAUCAUACCGAAAACGGCAAAUCGUAUAUACUACAAGGCGUCCAAACGCUCUAUGACGUGACAGAAUUGCCGGAAAGCGAUUCAGACAUAGGUUCCGGAAAAGGGAAGGUGGUUUUAAUUGGGAGGGGACUUUCCAAAAACAUUACGAACAACCUACAAGAAUAUCUUGGUGUUUUGUAG